UGUGAAUGCGGCCGCAUGUCAAUCACCGGCUCUCAUGUGAUGGCUCUUGCCAAUGACGUGCCAGCCAUAUGGGCCUGGCAUCAGAGCUGGUCUCUCGCCACUAUGUUGAGCCGUCUGUUCAGCGAGGUGCUGCCGGACGUCCAGAGGCUCGCGGCCGACUGGGCGGACGACAACGAGAGCGAGGACGGUAAGGACAAGAACAACGGGCACGAGCCUGGUCAGCUCGGGGACGACGAUCUGGACGAGCCGCUGGAAGGCAUCAGCCGAGCUGAGUCUGAGAUGGCCGACGACGAUGACGACGAGGAGGACGAGGCCGAGGAAGAGGAGUGCGGAGACGAGAACAGCGGAGAUAAGCCCAAGAAGCGCGGCCCAAAGAAGCGCAAGAUGACCCCGGCGCGUGUGGAGCGCUCCAAGGUGCGUCGACACAAGGCGAACGCGCGGGAGCGCACGCGCAUGCACGACUUGAAUUCUGCAUUGGACAAUCUGCGCAAAGUGGUUCCGUGCUACUCCAAAACCCAAAAACUCUCAAAGAUCGAGACUCUGAGGCUGGCCAAAAAUUACAUCUUAGCUCUGGGGGAGAUUUUACGCAACGGGAAGCGCCCAGAUGUGGUGGCCUACGUGCAGAUGUUGUGCAAGGGCCUGUCACAGCCCACCACCAACCUGGUGGCAGGCUGCCUGCAGCUCAACACCAGGAACUUCCUGACUGAACCGUGUUCAGACACAGCCCGCUUCCACAUGCCCACCUCUCCCUUCUCCGUCCACCCCUACUCCUACCGCUGCUCCCGCCUCUCCAGCCCGCACUACCAGCCCGGAUCCGGCGCUGCGCUCAGCAUGCGGAGCCAUUCCUACGGUUCUGGAUACGAGGGCGUGUACCCGCCGGGGGGCACGUCUCCUGACUACAGCAGCCCGGACUAUGAGGGCCAGCACAGCCCGCCUGUGUGCCUGAACGGCGGGCUGUCCGGGAGGCAGCAGGAGUCCUCUGACACGGACAGGAACUAUCACUACUCUAUGCAUUACUCCGGACUGACCACGUCUCGACCACCAGGCCACGGUCUACCUUUCGGGCCCUCGGGAGCGCGAGGAGGAGGUGGUGCGCACUCGGAAAACAUUCCCCCCUUCCACGACGUGCACUUGCACCACGACAGGGCUCCUCCAUACGAGGACCUCAAUGCGUUUUUCCACAACUGAGCCCCAGUCGGGCUCAUCGACCUUCCAGUGACAAUCCCAUAAUGUGUAACGAUGUUUGGAGACAAGAGGACGAGAGAUGGAAGUUCCACAGAACCCCUCUGACUUACCUUCUGUAUUCUACUGAUGUCGUCCCUUUACUGUUGUACAUCCUCUCAAAGUGUGUCCGGUAUUAUCAUGUAUGCAGAACGACUGCAGUUGACCUAAACGAUGUACAGGCCCACGAGGGAAUAAAAAGGAAACAGAAAUAAAAAAAAAUGUUUUAUAA